CCUACCAACAUGCUUCACACGGAGCGAGCAGGAUGAUUUUCUAUCACGAAUAUGGAUUUAUUGCGAUCUACUAGGUUUCAUUCAUUUGCUUUCGCCUUGGUCAUCUAUGGUGCACUAACCAUAGGGAUAGAUGGUGCAUCCCCUCUGAAAGCGAAGUCGGCGACCCCGUUUACGGACCAGUGCUUCCCCAACCCCUGCUACAACCGGGCCAUCUGCCGUAGCCGUGGUGACGGUUACUCUUGUUUCUGCGUGCCGGGGUUCCAGGGUGAGCGCUGCCAGAUCGAGGUGAACGAGUGUGUGUCGCAGCCCUGCAGGAACAGAGCCACCUGUGUAGACAGGGUGGGCAGGUACGCCUGCCUCUGCAGCCCGGGGUUCACAGGUGCCACCUGUGAGGUCCAGAUUAACGAGUGUCAAUCACAGCCCUGCCUCAACGGCGGGAGUUGUCAUGACUACGUCAACGGCUUCUCAUGCACCUGCAUGCCCGGUUUCCAGGGCGACCGCUGUGAAAUCGACGUUGACGAGUGCCAUCACCAGCCAUGCCAAAACGGGGCCCUGUGUAUUGAUAGGUUGAAUGGGUACAGCUGCGACUGCUCUCAGACCACCUUCACUGGGCGACACUGUGAAACUGCUGCUCCUCCAUGCACGUCCCAGCCAUGCCUCAACGGCGCCAUCUGUGUGGAGGACGAGGGGAACUACACCUGUGACUGCUGGCCAGGGUUCAAGGGUCGUCAGUGUGAGGUGGAUGUGAGUGAGUGCAGCAGCAACCCCUGUCUGUACAGGGGACACUGUAUAGAGCUGUCCUGGCAGAGCCUGUAUGGUUCAGAGCCUCUGCUUCCAGACCACUACGACCCACAGCAAGCUGCAGGCUUCAUAUGCAGCUGCCCACCAGGAACCACAGGUACUCUUUGUGAGGAGGUAGUGGACACGUGUGACCCCAGCCCUUGUGAGAACGGGGGUCAGUGUGAGAGCCUUGUGGGGGGCUAUGUGUGCCACUGCUCUCCGCAGAACCAAGAUGAGUUCCUGUACGGGGGACAGAACUGCAGCGAGGCUAUGGUGGGCUGUGAGGGCCACGAGUGUCAGAACCAGGGCUCGUGUUCUCCCUUCCUGAGCGGCGGCCAUCAUGGCUACUCCUGCCUCUGCCCCCCGGGCCUCACCGGGCCUCUCUGCCAGACCCUCACAGCCUUCUCCUUCGAGCAGAAAGGCUAUUUGCUGUUGCAGAGCCCACUGCUGGCCGCAGAGGCCUCAUGCAACAUCACCCUGAGCUUCCGGACAGUGCUGCCCAGGGCCGUGCUCUUCCAGCGGAGCAGUGGAGGGCUGGUCCUGGGUCUGGAGCUACUGGGGGGCCAGCUGAUACUCAGCCUGAGGAGGGAGGCCUUGGCUGGGGGUGGGGAAGAGGGAGAGGCCCUGCAGCUUAGGCAGACCCUGGAGCUCCCUCUUAACGUGACUGAUGGGGAGUGGCACUCUGUGAAGGCCGUGCUGGAGGACGGUCUGCUCAGCCUCAGGCUCCUGGAUGGUGGGGUCUGUCAGGAGCAGGACUGUGAGAGCAAAGCCCAGGUCAAUGGCACCCUGGCUGGGACGGAUCUUCCAGAGUCUCCCCCCCAGAACACUUUCAUUGGCGGGGUGGUGGAGGCAGGCGGCGCCCUGGUCCCAGUCCCGGCCUUCAUUGGCUGUCUGCGGGACGUGUUUGUGGACUCCCAGCUGGUGGUUCCGGAGGAGUGGCUGAGCGACUCGGCAGUGAACGUGACUGCAGGCUGCAGCCACAGGGACCGAUGCCAGGACAGCCCCUGUGAGAACAGAGGACAGUGCAUCAACCUGUGGCAGAGCUACCAGUGCCGGUGCCCCCGGCCAUACGAAGGUCACGACUGUGCUGAGGAGUACGUGACGGCCCGCUUUGGCAGUGAGGACUCUCAGAGCUAUGCCGUCUUCACCAUCACAGACAACCCAGGAAAUGACAUCACUGUCUCCCUCUUCCUGCGCACACGUCGCCACGCUGGCCUCUUAUUGGUGCUCGUCAACAGCACCAGCCAAUACCUGCGCCUGUGGCUGGACAAGGGACGGGUCAGAGUUCAGCUCCAUAACUUUGAAACCUUGACCAGUGAGAGUGCGGUCAACGACGGAGACAUCCACUUUGUGAGCAUGGUGGUUGACCGUGAGCAUAUGGUCCUGUAUGUAGCCAACCAGAAGCAGGGCUCGGUGGAGGUCAGGAUGGUGGACAGUCAAAUGGGAGAUGUCGUGUAUGUUGGGGGUCUGGCGGAGCAGAAGGCGUCAGCAGCGUUCGGGGGCUACUUUAAAGGCUGUAUACAGGACCUGAGGAUCAACGGAGAGAGACUGCAAUUCUUCAGGCUGGACACCCCGGUGACGUCAUAUCCUGUCGAACUCAUGGCUAACGUCACAGCGGGCUGCACUGGGGAUGACUCCUGUAGUAGGAACCUGUGUCAGAACGGAGGGAUGUGCUACUCCGUGUGGGACGACUUCACUUGCACCUGCCCCCCCAACACUGCAGGGCGGCGCUGUGAGGAGGUCAAGUGGUGUGAGCUGUCACCCUGCCCCGCACGGGCAGAGUGUCACAUCCUCAGCCAGGGAUACGAGUGCUUUUCCAACGCCACUUUCCUUGACGACAGCAAUGUGCUGUCUUACCGCGGUAACGGCCAUAUCCACCGCAGCCUGGCCAGCAUCUCCCUCAGCAUGCGCACCCGUAAACGCCACGCCGCCAUCUUGCACGCUGAGAGUGGGCCGGAGUUUGUGACGGUGUCUGUGCAGGAUGGCCUUCUCUUCCUUGAGCUCCAGAGCGGGGUGGGGGAGGGUUCCUCCACAGUGUCCCUCAGCAGUCGGAGGAGGGUCAGUGACGGGGAGUGGCACAGCGUCCACCUCUUCAUGGUCACCCCCUGGGCAGAGGCAUCCCGCUGGACCAUGGUACUGGAUGAGGAGGCGGAGGAGGCAGGGACCUCCAGCAGCGAAGGGGGCAACCUGGACUUCCUCAGGGAGGAGGUGGACAUCCUGCUGGGGGGGCUGGGGCCCGAGGCUGGCUGGAGCCUAGUGGGGUGCCUGGGCACAGUGGAGGUGGGGGGCAUCGCCCUGCCUUACUAUAGCCCUUCAGAGGUCAACCUUCCCCGGACUCAGGAGGAGCAGUUCCUGCGGACAUCCCCCAACCCACCCAGGGGCGGGUGCAGUGGAGGCCCGGUGUGCCAGCCCAGCCCAUGUGUGAACAGAGGCAGCUGCCAGGACCUCUGGAACCUGUUCAACUGUAGCUGUGACGAGGGCUGGGCCGGACGCCGUUGUGAGCUCAACACAGACACCUGCGCCUCCAACCCCUGUAUCCAUGGCAACUGUAGCGUUCAGGGGCUGGCAUACAAGUGUUCCUGUGAGUUUGGCUACACUGGUAUGAACUGUGAGGAGGAGGUGGAUGUGUGUGAGAACCAUCUAUGUGCUCAUGGAGGGACGUGUCUACAUGGAGUGAACAAGUACGCCUGUCUGUGUGCUGAGAACUACACCGGACCUUACUGCAAUGAUCGUGUUGAGGAAAUCCCAUGGUACAUAGUAGUCAACAGGAAUGUUCGGCCCAAGCUGCCAGUGUCUGUCUGUGGAGAUGAAACCAGAAACUACACCUGCUUCAACUCAGGGAACUGCACCGAGAGAGAGCUGUCCUGUGACUGUCUACCCGGCUUCACAGGGCACCGCUGUGAGCAGGAGGUGGAUGAGUGCAAGUCCAACCCCUGUCUGAAUGGGGGCUACUGCCGAAACCUCAUCAACAAGUACCACUGUGUGUGUGACAUGAGUUUCGCCGGGGACAAUUGCCAGAUCGACUUGACCUCUGAAGGGCUGACCACUGACCUAUUGCUGUCGGUCAGUCUGGUGUCAGUGGUGCUGCUACUGGCCCUGGUCAGUACCUCUGUGGGUCUGGUGGUGGCUCUGAACCGUAGGGCCACCCAUGGCACCUACAGCCCCAGCCGACAGGAGAAGGAGGGAUCCCGCGUAGAAAUGUGGAACAUAUCCCAGCCGCCGCCCGUGGAGAGACUCAUAUAAAACAUGGCCCAGUUUCAAUCCCACCACUCACCACUGUCCCAACACUGUUCCAUGGAGACAUAACUCACUGGCCUGGGCCCAGUUCCAAACCCACCACUGACCCAACACAGGCUGAAUCUCAAACCGAACACUUGGCCCUUGAGCCCUUUAUCAAGUGAUCCAGCCACACUGACUGUCCUGGGCCCAGUUCCAAACCCACCACUGACCCAACACAGGCUGAAUCUCAAACCGAACACUUGGCCCUUGAGCCCUUUAUCAAGUGAUCCAGCCACACUGACUGUCCUGGGCCCAGUUCCAAACCCACUACUCAACACGAUGGAGAGACUCAUAGAGACUUUAUCCCAAUAUCAUCGCUGGGGUAUUAUAAUACUAUAUGCCAUUUAGCAGACACUUUUAUCCACGUUUUACAUAUGUGUGGUCCCGGGAACCGAACCCACUAUCCUGGUGUUGCAAGCACCAUGAUCUACCAACUGAGAUAUAGAGUUCCUUCCUGACCUGAUCUUAAAGCCUGGUCUCAUAGACUAGAUGUAACAUAGUAAAGGUAAAUCCAGAAUACUGAAAUUAGUAUGAUGUGUUACGUUUUGUAUGGUUACAUAAGGCAAAAAGGAAAGUACAGUGGUUGGUCUGGGUGGAUGUAUAACGCCAAUGUCUAGCAACUCUAAUGUUUUGUGUUUGAAUCAUGGCGGGCAGAUUUAGAAAUGUAGCCACUACUUACUACUUUUUAGCUACUUUGCAACUACUUAAGCAUAUUAGCUUCCCCCUUAACCCAUUGACCUAACUCCUAACCUUAUCCUCUAGCCUAACUAACCUCGCUACUGUUAGCAUUAGCCACAUAGCUAACGUUAGCCACAACUAAUUGGAAUUCGUAACAUAUCAUAUGUUUUCAAAAUCGUAACAUAUUGUACGAAAUGUAUGAUGGACAUCCAUAAAUGAAUACAUACCAUACGAAACGUAACAAUCGUACUAGUUGGGAGUAUUCGGGAUUUAUUAUGUUACGUUUAUCCCUGAGUCCAAGAUGGAUCUUAUCGAGGAACACUUGGGAUUUCUACUGUUUUUGCCUCAGCCGCAAAUACAAAUACCUCACCUUUCAUUUGGUCCUCAAAACACUUGAAUGUUGUAGUGAAAUGGGAGCUCCAGAGGACCGCUCUGCACUAGAUGAGGAUAUGCAUAGAUGGACAGAGAAGGCUUCCAGUCUUGCCACUAGAUAUAGAAGUAUUCUGCUUUACUUAAGCAUAUAAGAACACAGUGGUCUGAAAAGAGCCCAAUUGCCAUACUUGAGUAAAAGUAAAGAUGGCUUCAUAGAAAACGACUCAGGUGAAAGUCACCCAGUAAAAUACUACUUGAGUAGAAGUCUAAAAGUUUUAUGUUUAAAUAUACUUAAGUAUCAAAAGUAAAUGGAAUUGCUAAAAU